CCUUUUUUUUCCUUUUUGUUUUUCAGUGAAUUUUGUGACCCCUAUAUUUUUGUGUAUCUUUUUGUUUAAUUUCUCUUUUCAAGAGAAUACCUACAGAAAGAUACAUUGAGAAAGAAAUAACAAGAGAAAUAGAUUUUAUCAUCAUUUUGUAGUGUCCUUUGAUUUUUGACUAAUCUCUUGGUGAUUCUUGUUGGAGGAUGAAGCUUCCUUAUGAUUUCUGCACGUAAAAAGGGAACAGUUCGAGCUGCUUUUAUAUUUUUAAUUAGGUCCCGACUUUGUUAACUUCAGUUCUUAAUUAAGAAAUGGGAGAUGCUAAAGAUAUGAAGGAAAAUGCUCCUACAGUAUCGUCCCAUGAACCAACGGUUUCCUCUCAAAAUGAUGAUCAAUCACAUAGUGCAGCUCAAACUGGCCAAAAUACCAGUGAAAAAGAGAACUCCAAAAUUCAGGAAAAGGCUUCAGAACAUUUAAAAGAGGCUCCUCAGAGCUUAUCUCUGCAAGAAAGUCAGGCUCCUUCAGGAGGAAAUUUAACUUCGGCCGCUCCUAUUAAAUCUGAUGGAGUGAGUGACAUUUCUGCAACUGGAACUUCUCAAAUGGCUUCUGUUACACCUAUGGUUGAGCUGGAAGCCUCACCUCAAUUAGUACAUGAUCUGAAACCGGACUCUUCUGCAGAUAGUAGUGCGACAGCUCUCUCAGAAUCCAUAUUGGAUGCAAAACCAAGUGAAAUCUUUGAGCCAGCAUUGGACAUCGGUGCUACUGGUAAGGUUAACAACCAGCGAAAUGAUUCCUCUGAUGGACCAACAAUAUUAACCGGGAAUUCAGACACUUCGCCCUUAAAAGAGGAAAACAAAAAGGAAUCUUCUCAACAUGUUCAAUCUAAUCAAUCAGAAGUAGAAAAGGAACCUUCUGAACAUGUUCAAUCUAAUCAUCCGGAAGUAGAACCAAAAAAUGCUUCACCGCUUCAUCAGCCAAAUAAUUCUCCUAUUGAUGCGGACGAGUCUUCUCCUUUAUCCCCUCAAGUGACGAGGAAACCAGAAAAUAACAAUCACAUACUGACACCAGAUAACAUUGGUCGCCCGCUAGCUAAGUCUUCCACUUUCACAGCAAGGACCUCAGUACCCACUGCUAGUCUGAAGCAUCCUAAAAAAUCUGACAUAAACAAAGGCCACAUUGACACAGCUGCGCCAAUUGAAUCUGUGAAGCAGGCAGUUUCCAAGUUUGGAGGGAUCGUUGACUGGAAGGCUCAUCGCGUACAGACUGUAGAGAGACGGCAACUUGUUGAACAAGAACUAGCAAAAGUGCAGGAGGAGAUUCCAUUUUAUAAAAAACAGUCGCAGGCUGCUGAAGAUGCAAAAGUGCUAGUUUUAAAGGAACUAGAUAGCACUAAGAGACUUAUAGAAGAAUUGAAGCUGAACCUGGAAAGAGCACAAAAAGAAGAGCAACAAGCAAAACAGGAUUCAGAGCUUGCCAAGCUCCGGGUGGAGGAGAUGGAGCAAGGGAUCGGUAAUGAUCUAAGUAUUGCAGCGAAAGCACAGCUUGAAGUUGCUAGGGCUAGGCAUGCAGCUGCAGUUUCUGAGCUAAAAACCGUAAAAUCUGAGUUAGAAGAUCUUCGAAAAGAUUACGCUUUAUUGGUGUCUGAUAAAGAUGGUGCGGUGCAAAGAGCAGAGGAAGCAGUCUCCGCAUCAAAAGAAGUUGAGAAAACCUUGGAGAAUUUAACUAUUGAGCUCAUCACUGCAAAGGAAUCUUUAGAGGCUGCUCAUGCUGUACAUUUGGAGGCCGAGGAACACAGAAUCGCCGCUGCUAUGGCAGGAGAGGAAGAUGCUUUAAACUGGGAGAAAGAACUGAAGCAAGCAGAAGAGGAACUCGACAGACUAAACCAGCAAAUUCUCUCUGCAAAGGAUCUCAGAGGGAAACUCGAUACUGCUUCAGCCUUGCUGCAGGAUCUCAAAGCUGAGUUGGCUGCUUACAUGGAAUCAAAGUUGAAUGAAGAAGGAAACCUGACAGAGCCGGAGAAAAGAACUCACGAUGAGAUACAAUCAGCAGUGGCCACAGCUAAGAAAGAACUAGAAGAAGUGAAACUCAACAUCGAGAAGGCUACAACUGAAGUAAAUUUCUUGAAGGUGGCAGCAGCUUCAUUGAAGGCAGAAUUGGAAAAGGAAAAGUCAGAACUAGCCGUGAUCCAACAGAGAGAAGAAACGGUAUCUAUUGCUGCUGCAUCUCUUGAAGCUGAGUUGAGCAGGACAAAGUCAGAGAUUGAUCUUGCACAGAAGAAGGAAAAAGAAGCAAGAGAGAAGAUGGUAGAGCUUCCCAAGCAACUCCAAGAGGCAUCCCAAGAAGCUGAUCGUGCAAAAUCACUUGCUGAAAUUGCACAUGAAGAUCUGAAGAAGGCAAAGGAAGAAGCUGAUUUAGCAAAGGCUGGAGCAAGUACCGUGGAAAGUAGACUACUUGCAGCUAAGAAGGAGAUCGAAGCUGCGAAAGCUGCAGAGAAGUUGGCAUUAGCAGCUAUCACUGCUCUGGAGGAAAGUGAAUCAGCUCAAAGAGAAAAAGACGAGGAGACCCCACCUGGAGUAACACUUUCAUUGGAGGAGUAUUAUGAGCUCAGCAAGCAAGCGCAUGAGGCAGAGGAGCAAGCUAACAAGAAGAUCGCUGAUGCUCAUACCCAAAUAGAUGUAGCCAAGGAGUCAGAGCUGAGAAGCCUAAACAGACUGGAGGAGGUUUAUCGCGAGAUAACAGAAAGAAAAGAAGCUCUACAAGUUGCAUUGGGAAAAGCCGAGAAAGCCAAGGGAGGGAAAUUGGCUGUAGAGCAAGAGCUGAGGAAAUGGAGAGAGGAGCACGAGCAAAGACGGAAAGCUGGUGGAGCUAUUCCACCUAGAAUGAGCGUUGAGGAGAGUAAAGAAUCAAAGAUCCCUGGAAGUGCACCAGAGGCAGCUGCAUCUCAUGACAGCACAAGUCCAAAAGCACAAGUGCUAGCGAGCAGCACUGAAGCUGAUUCAUCACCAGAUGUGAAAGUUCCAAAGAAAAAGAAGAGGUCCUUCUUCCCAAGGAUCUUCAUGUUUCUAGGCAGAAGAAAAGCAGCACAGGCCAAGUCUGCUGCUCAAUGAUUGCUGCAUAUACAACAUCUUGUCAUUGUUAAAACUUUUAUUUCUCCAAAAAUUUUGGCUGUUUGUCUCGGUUGAUAAAGCAGAAGGGUAAUCUUUCACGAUAUGUACAUACUGAGUAUUCUUUUAAGUGUACAAUAUUAAGUUACUUCAGUCACUCGAUAGAUAGCACUAUAGGAGGAGAAUAAGUUUGGCCUAAUCGUCAUUUGGGGGCUCCUAUUUUUGACUGGUUUUGUAAAGAAUAAUGAGAUUGGGUGAGUGCUUCGUUAUUUGGUAGGCAUUCAAUGUAUAAUAUACCAUCAUCAAAAGUUCUUUUUUUAAUUCA